CCUUGUCUGAAGAGGACUAAAAUCAUCAAAAGGACUUCUUGGGACCAUGAACGCUGCCACUCCCACUGAGGUUGACUUCACCUUCCUGGAGGAGGGUUUCUCUGCAAGAGAUACUGUUGAGCAGAAGAUCAAUGAAUCUUUUCUAACGGAUGACCGGGAUGCCUUCUACGUCUGUGACUUGGGAGAUGUGUUGAAGAAACACCUGCGCUGGGUGAGGGCUCUGCCACGUGUCACUCCUUACUACGCUGUCAAAUGUAACGACACCCGGGAAGUCGUUAUGACACUGGCGUCCCUGGGAACUGGCUUUGACUGUGCAAGCAAGACAGAGAUUCAGCUGGUCCAGUCACUGGGAGUGGAUCCAAGCAGAAUCAUCUAUGCCAACCCCUGCAAACAAGUCUCUCACAUCAAGUAUGCGUCAGCUCAUGCAGUCCAGAUGAUGACCUUUGAUAGUAAAGAGGAACUUGUGAAAGUGGUUAAUUGUCAUGACAAUGCCAAGCUGGUGCUGCGAAUCACCACUGAUGACUCCAAGUCAAAAUUUCCCCUCAGUAUGAAGUUUGGGGCCCAACUCAAAUCCUGUCGAGGUCUUCUGGAGCGAGCUAAAGAGCUUGGGCUGGAUGUGAUUGGUGUAAGCUUCCAUGUUGGCUGUGGUUGUACUGAUGUGAAGAGCUACACGCAGGCCAUAUCUGAUGCUUACUGUGUUUUUCAUAUGGGGGAAGAGCUCGGCUUCAAAAUGGAUCUCUUGGACAUUGGUGGUGGAUUCCCUGGUUCAGAUAAGAAGGAUAUACUCAUGUUUGAAGAGAUCACAGCUGUUAUCAACCCUGCUCUGGACAAGUACUUCCCAGCUGACACUGGUGUCAAGAUCAUUGCUGAGCCAGGAAGCUUUUAUGUAGCUUCUGCUUACACACUGGUUGUCAACAUUAUUGGCAAGAAGGACAUUGUAAAUGAAGAGUCAGUAUCUGAUGAGGAAGAUGGAGGAACUGAUGAAAGGAUCACUGACAGGGCUCUGAUGUACUACGUCAAUGAUGCAGUGUCCAAAUCUUUUUCCUGUAAAGAAAUGACCCCUGUUCAGUUUCCACCAACACUGCUUAAGAAACCCCAGCCACAUGAAGCCACAUACCCCUGCAGUAUCUGGGGUCAAACUUCUAGUCGUCAUGAUAGUAUUGUAGAUCAUUGUUUCCUGCCUGACCUGCAGGUCAGCGACUGGCUGAUCUUUGAAGACAUGGGUGCCUACACCAUUUCAAGCUUUUCUAACUUCAGUGGCUUCAUUAAUCCUAAUAUUCACUAUGUCAUAUCUCGCCCUGCCUGGCAACAUGUGAAGCAAGUCCAAUCCCAGGCAAUUCCAGCUCCUGUGGAGGAAUCGCAUGUGUUUCAAGAGACAAGCAAUGAGUAAAAUGUUAUUUCUUGCUAAA